AUGCUGACCAUCCUCUGGCUGCUGCUCAACCUUGCUCUGCCAGCACUGGGCUACUAUGGCAUCAGCUGUCCUGAAGGCAGGCCGUGCCAGAAAACCCUCCUCUCAGGCAACGACGUCUUCCUGUCCUGCAAUUUUUCGGAGCCUCGGUGGUCCUACUACUUCCUGCCAGAGGCAGCCAGCUGGUCUGACAACUUCACUGCGGUUCCCAACAUGCAAGUCAUGAGUGAUGGCAAACUUCUCAUCCAAAAUCCAUCUGCUUCCCAAACCGGCUUUUACCACUGUCGGGACGGGAAGAGGAAGGCGGUGUUUAAGUACGAGAUUGACUUCCAGGAUGUCGGCAGCGUCAACGUGAUCCACAGAUCCCUGAACCAGAAGCCCCUGCAGAAUCAGACCCUGCAGCUGCAGAACAAGGUCCUGAUCUUCACCAUGUGGGAGCCCUGGCAGGACUGUAACCACUGCGGAGAGGCCGGGGAGCGGAAGCGCCUGGGUUUCUGCUACAUCCAGGAGCUCCCAGCUGACCCCGUGCCCUGCUGGCUGUACGUGGGGAAGAGCAAGAUAUGGUCCAGCCGCAUGCGACCCGAGAUGCAGAUCGAAACAUGCAGUGUUGCCUGCAAAAACAUGAGGAUAGCAAAUGUUGUCUUCGAUAACUACAAGUUAGAUGAGAAGACGGAUUCGGCCUGGCUUUCCUGCCCUCUGGGGUCCAUCUACAGGCCCCUCGUCUGGGAAGUCAAUAACCGCCCGCUGACCUGGCAGGACCAGUUCCUGGGCAAGGACAUCGGCAGCGUCAUGGACAUGUCGAGCGGGGGCCAGCGGCUGCAGGUCUUCCAGUCGGCCGUGUACAAGUGCUUCGUGCAGCAGGAGCUCAUCGCCCAGUACAACCCCCAGCCUGACUCCGGGCACACAGCCCAGCCUCGGGGGGCUGGGCACUGGCAGGAGGCCACGAAUGCCCAGAUCGAGAAGGCCAGCUCAGUGCUCAAGGGGCUGCAGCUGAUGCUGCUGGUGGGCACCAUGCUGGGCCUGACGGGGGUGCUGUUGACCCUGUCCCGCCCUAUCCGGAACAGUAAAGUAGACCGGGUAGUGGUGGUGAAAUAA